AUGGAUCAAGCGCGGGCUCGCGCAGUCGAGGCGUUGGGGGCCAGCGACGACGUCGCUGAUGGCUCGCGCCCGACCGCGAUCCACAUGUGGGACCUCACGCCGGGGGCGUUCUGGCGCGGGUCGCCAGAUAACAGCAAAGUGAUCAUGAUUGCCAAGUCCAUCGUGGGCGGGGGCUACCAAGCCGAUGAGCCCAUUCGGGCGCGGAGCUGCAACCUGAGCAGCGCGGAUGGCGUGCUCAUCGGACAGAUCAAGCCAGGCGAUGGCACCGCCCGUCUGACAGCGGCCCGCCUGGUGUGGUUGUACGUCUGCAAAAAGCUGAACGAGCCCGGGGAUCCGAAUGGCAUGCUGGGCCACCCUGCCGUGGCGGAGCUGCUGAACCAGCUGCUGCACAUCCCCACGAUAUUCGAUGUACAGGGCGACGGCACGGACGAGGACCAGAUCGUGGCAAGCGCCGUGCGGCAGAACGUCAAGGCUGCCACCCAGAAGCCCGUGAACACGGUCGAGUACGCGUGCAUCGCUUUGUCCUUCAGCGGCUUGCCGUUGGGCCCUGCCCACGUUGCGGCCAACCUGGCCGGGUGGGAUCGGUUCAAGUCGAAGUAUUCGUCCCACUCCGAGGUCACCGCCUUCGCGGACCUCGUCCCCGCGGCCAAAAGGCCCCGCAAGGGGCGCAGGAAAGCCGCUGCUGAUGGGCAAGAGAUCGCAGGAGGGGACGCGGAAGACCGCGUCCACAUCGGCACGCGCCGCGAAGCCGCUGUCAAGAUGAUCAUCAAGCACUGUUCGCCCGAGACCCUGAAGCUGUUCCAACUUCACUUGCAAACAGUUGGGGGCGACUGGAAGCGCUCCGCCUUGUCCGACGACACCCUGCUGCUGAGCUGGCUCUGGCCUGGCUCGACACCGCCGCCAGCGGCGCAGCCUGGCGAGGACGCGCGUCUUGCGCGGGCCGCCGCAGAUCGAGCCACCAGGGACGCAGUGGCAGCCCGUUUCAGCACCCGCGACUUCUUUUUCACGGAGACCCUGACCGCUGACCAGUGCCUGGCAGUACGGCGAAAGGGGCUCGCCCUCUUCGAACAGGACAUGGAGGACAUCAGGAACCCCAAGCGCCCUGUCGAGGCUGACUGGAUGGGGCACCGUCUCUUGGUGCAGCACUGGGACCUCACCAUCCGGGAGUGUUGCAAGGCCGACCUGGACGAAGACACGUUCGAGAAAGUUGAGGAUUCGAUCCUCUACAACACGGCGAUGGAUGCGCAGCUCCUGACUUGCCUCUACAAGUUCCCCACGCAGUUCAACAUCUGCAUGAUACCGGACAUGCGGGGCGAGUUGGACAUGGCGUUUGAGCCCACGGAGCAGGAGCAGCUCCUGCGCGAUACAGCCAACAAAGCAUGGGAUGCGCAGGCGAAGCUACUGGAGAUGGAGGUCAAGGCGGACCAGCAGGUGAUCCAGCGCACCAGUUUGGGAAGCGCCCGCCUCCAGGACUUGCUGGACUGGAACGCCAUGUUGCACCGCCAAAAGCAGGGGGAGACGUGCGAGAAACUUGCACGUAGUUUCAUGGAGCACAAUUUCCCAGUACUGAAAGCAGCCGAAUGGCCACAUCUGGCAGGGGCGUUAGCCACCGCCAGGGCCACGGGCCGCACAGAGAAGUGGGGCCCUGCGCCUGGGCGCGAGCUCUUGCUGAUGAUUCUGGACCUGAAUGUGCCGUACUCCCGCCUUCCAUUGCAGCUCGGGCACAUGCUUACCGCGCUAGGCAACUGUGCGAAGGCCUGGGGGUCCAAGGAGACGCUGCUGCUCGUCGUGUUGCCGAAGUACCCCAAGGAGGGCAGCGAGGACCUGUGGGCCGAGGUUGUGGAGAUCACCAGGAAGCUCCGUGGCGUGGGUUUCGGAAGCGCAAAGGAAGCCCACAUGCAGAUGGCGGAGCCAGAUUCGGCUGGCAUGGGAGGGUGGGGCACGGACACGCACAUGCCCCUGCUACUGAUGUGCCUUGCGGAGGACGAUGAGGAGGCCCUUGGGAGGGAUGCGCCGCCGAAUUUCUGGCGCGUCCACUCCGAGCUGAUGCGCGUCGGCGCCAUAUGGGCCCGCCCAGCUACCGUCUCACAGCAUGACCUGUUGACCAUGUCCGAAGCCGACCCCAACGUUCCAGCGAGCGAACGGCCCGCUGACAGGGAGGCGAAGGCGGCCCAGCGAGGGCCAGGCGUGUGGCAGGAGAUCCUGAAAGCCGUGCUGGCCCAGGCCCCGUGCCCGCCGCCGAAGGCCCGGGGCUCGCCCGGGGGCCCCCUCAAUCAGAAAGACGAAGUGUUCAUCCUCGACGUGACGCCUUACUUGGGCGACCGUUGCGUCGCUUCGCUGCUGGCGAUGCCGAAGAGGGAGAGCGAGACAACCAACGGGCCCAAGCUGAGGCAUUUCAUAGUGGAUUCGGGAGCGCGGCGCAUGGCCGGGGCAGCCGACUACGCCGCCACCCGCGUCAAAGUCAAGGUGGGCGAGGAGUGGGCCCGCCGCGAGAGGCACCUGUUCGCAGAGCAGCGCGACCCGAACGGCAAGACGACUUGGGCAGCGGUGCUCCCCGACGACACGGCGCCGCCGCCAGAGGAACAUAUGCUCCGGUUGGUCGACGGCGCAUGGGAGGCAUGGAAGGGCCUCGCGGCCUUGCCGCUCAAAGCGUGCAUCGUGUCAGGUGGGGCGGUGCAGAUCAAGCCAGAGCGACUGGCUGAAUUCUCGGCGGCCCCCCUGCACCACCAGCAGAAGAUCAACGCGCUGGAGUCCGACCACAAGAAGAAUUUCGAGAGCUUGCUGCUGCACAUGGCCCCUACUGCGAAUGACGGGGCGCCGCCGGUGAGCGCGAACCCCGACCCCCGGGAGGAUCCCGACAACAUUCCGCAGGAGGACGCCCCCGUUCACCCCGACGAGGCCGCUCUCAGGGCGGCGUGCGACAUCGACGCCGAGUGCUCCUGCCAGGGAUUCAAGCAGGUCAAGUUGUUCCGCGACAAGACGGGCUACAGCAUCUGGGCCAUGGCGGAGAAGGGCGACCUGACCGUCCCAGCCUACACGAUCUGGGGCUCGUUCGGGGGCGGCACAGUGCGCGCCGCGGACCCGGGCGCGUCGCUCGCCGUCGCUUUCGACCUGCCGCUCGGCGACAAGACGUUGAUGCAGCUCAACUACGGCAGCAGUGUCAACGAGGGCGACCAGAAGUCCGCGCCGGCCGCGAAGACGCUAUAUGCUCUGGCCAAGCAGUUGAAUGCCAAGAAUGCGGGCGCCGCUGGCAAGAAGCUGCAGCUCACGGCUUUCGGCGAGCUCACGCCCCAGGGGAAUGCCGGCAGCCACGGCUUCGGCUUCCAGCACCCAGCGGGCACGUCGGGCCACAAGAAGCAGGAGUGCACCCUCAACGUCGCCCCGCCCAAGAAGGGAGAUACCAAAGACGCACCCGUGACGGCAGGCAAUUUGUUUCAGCCCCUCGCCACGAGGCAGCCCGUGCAAGGGGGGCUGGUAUAUUGCUGGAAGGUCGCCUACGAGUCCGUGCGCCACCACGUGCAAGCGCGGAAGCCCCUCCUCAUGAACCCGAAGCCCAUGGUGUUGAAAAAGGGGCAGCCUAAGAAGGUGUUCUGGACUGCGCCACCGCCGUCGCCCGCCCCUGCGGCUGCGUGA